AUAGGGUCCAGCGAAAAGAAAAGAAACAAGGAAAAAAGGAAAAAGAAAAAACAUCAGACACGCCAAAUGAAACCUUGACCGGUUUAUAAUAAGUAGUCGAAGCCCCUCCGGAGACCCUGGAACCCUUCUGUUUCCAUCUGUUCACCUUUCCUUUUUCCUUUUCUCUCUUUUGGCCCUUGUUGUACUAUUGCAUCUCUUUGACUCAAUCCACUCGUUCAUCUCGGGGUUCACCUGCUGGCCCGUCCUUCGUUAUCUCAUUGUUACGGUGUUGUUGUUAUUGCUGGUCGAGAAUAAUAAUACUGAACUAUACCACCUUCUUCCACGACUACGACUAUUACUGCUUACUACUUUCGUCUUGAUUUUACCUCCAUUCGUUCCAUCACUGGCUGGUGACCUCAGUAGCCAUGAAGGUUGCUACUUCAGUUGCACUCGCCUCUCUCCUGGCCAUGGCCCAGGCUCAUCCCUCGGGCGCCUGGUGGGGCACAGAUGAUUGCUAUACUAGCCCGGAUAACACCAAUAAUGAAUGCUCUGACGAGAUGCGCGGCGGAUUCAACUGGGCUGGCCUCACCGCUGGUUCUUUUGACUUCUUCGCUGGCUUCGCAUUCUCUGGGUUCUCUUUCAGCAGCAGCUUCAGUGCUGCUGUUGGUGGUGGCUUUGCCGGCCAAUGCAUCGAGUCGAAACUCUCCAAGGACGAUGAGACGUCCCCGGAGAUCUCGUCCGGCAGUGAUAAGACCUUCUCCAUCAGCAAACUUCACCUGGUGACCGGCGAGGAGGCUGAGAUCAAGAUCAUCUAUGACAUGCCCGAUGGUUCUUCCUGCAAGCAUGUCGCCCCAUGCUCUCCGAAGGGAACUGUCGUCGCCAACGACCAGUGCGGUGGUGCCAGCUCCGUCCGGUUCGAACUCGCGGAGGAGGCCUCCGUGGAUGCUGUCGUCUUCGGUAUCCAGAAUGUCGAGUUCGAAUGCUCCGCUGGCCAGAAAACUCCGACCCCCUCUCAUCACCAUACAAGUCCGACUGCGACUGGACACUCGUCUACUCCAGUGAUUCCAGUACCGUCCUCGUCCGAUGCAGUCACGCCUCCGGCUCCUAGCACUCCCGUCAAGAUGACCACCUCGACCGUGUAUACUACAAGCUUGAUCACCAUCACGAGUUGUGCACCGACCGUUACCAACUGCCCUGGAGAUUCGACCACGGUUGUUACGUCCACCAUUGCUGUCUCGACCACUGUCUGCCCGGUUACCUCGACCGAAACUCCCACGAAGCCUACUGAAACCCCUGGAAAGCCCACUGGAACCCCUGGAAAGCCUACUGGAAGCUCCCCUGUUGGCGGUUCCUCCGAGGUUCCCUCUCCGAGCAGCCCCGCUCCCACAGGUACUGCUGGUACUUCGUCGGAAGUUCACCCAACUAGCCAUGGUGGAUCUUCUUCCCUCCCUCCAGAUUCAACUACCACUGUGGUGACAUGGGAAACCCUGACCACUUGUCCAGUGACUACCACCGCUACUUCUGGCGGCGUCACCACGACUUCCGUCUACAGCACGGUGUCCACGGUCACCCUUACCUCGACAUCCACCAUUUGCACCAAGUGCACUGCUACUCCUACUGGCAAACCUACCGGCACUCCAACCGGAACCUCUCCUACACCGACAGGCGUUUCCCCGGAGGAGCCUCCAGAGGAUUCCACCACGACCGUCGUUACAUAUACCACCGUGACCGACUGCCCAGUAACUACCACUGCUACCGCCGGUGGCACCAAGACCACUUCCGUCUUCACGACCCAGUCAACUGUCACGCUGACUUCGAUCUCCACGGUGUGCACCAAAUGCUCUGCUACUCCGGCUCCUACUGGAGUCGAGCCUAUUAGCACUCCUGCCGGGGGUGCCACGACGGUCGUCACCUACGAAACCGUGACUACAUGCCCUGUUACUACUACCAUCACCUCCGGUGGCUCCACCACGACGUCUGUCUUCACUACCGUCUCGACGGUGACCAAGACUUCCAGCUCUGCCGUGAAGCCCACUGAUGUCCCCCCUGCUCCUGCUCCCUCUUCACCCGCUCCAUCAACUGAGUGCCCUAACUCGGUGCCCAAGUGUAUCAACACCUGGCUCCCUCUUCUGCCCAAGUGUACUUCCAACGCGGACCCCGGCUGUUUCUGCCCGAGCCACGAGUUCACAGACAAGGUCAUCAGCUGUAUUCAGGCCUGGGGUGCAUCCAAAGAAGAGAUCCAGUCCGCGCUCUCCUACUUCACCGGUAUCUGCGCUCCCUAUAUCCCCGGAAACCCCGGCAUUGUCACUGGCAUUCCGAGCACCAUCACUCUGAUCCCCACUCCUCGCCCGACAGGUGUUGCCCCUGUGACCGGCACCAGUGUGGCACCGCACCCAACCGCCGGUCCAGAGGUUCCUUGCACGACCAUCACCUACUCCACCUACACGGUGACCGUGCCCCAGGUGACCUUCAGCACCGGCACCUCCGGCCACUCCACCACCGUCGGCUUGAUCCCGGGCCCUGCCCCCACCGGCGUCUCCCCCGGCCACUCCUCGGGCAUCCCGAACCCCUGGGUCUCCGGCUCGUCAACCUGGAUCUCCAGCCAUCGUCCCAGCGCGACAGCCAAGCCGUCAUCCACCCAGACCCCUCCUCCCCUCGCUAACACUGCCUCCUCUGUGUCCGCCAGCUUCUGGCUGGCGAUGGGAGUCGCCGCUCUCUUCAGCAUCUUCUUCUGAUCAUAACGCUCCUUUAUCUUAUUUGAUCUUGCUUUCAAAGACCAUGUUACUUAUCCCUGCUUCUCAGAUUGUUCAUAGGCUGUGACAUAUAGGUCACUGAGAUAAUUCUGGAUAGUAAAUGUAUCAAGUUUUUUUUCCUUAGAAUACACGAUGCAUCUCUUGUUUUCAGAUGAAUUAUGCAAUAAUCCCAUUCUCAUGACAAGAUACUUUAAUAACCCAAGAAACACAAUCAGUAACAUUCUACGAAACCCUAUAGUAUCCC